AUAUAUUAUACAUUAUCCGAUGACCGUUGAACAAUAAUGUUUAGAAUGUAGACGCGUCACGUACACCAAUUAUUGAACAAUUUAAUUUAUAGAGGUAUAAAAUAUAAAAUAAUACUGUACAAAUAUUAUAAAAAAGCGCGUCAAAUGAUUUAAUAGCCACCAUAUCACGAUAAUCCGUUUGGAUCGUGACGGUCAAUUUCAACUUUUCGUAUCGCGGAGUAUAAUAAUAUAUAUUAUAGACUGCACAAUAGAAUAGACAGUAAGAGUACGUUUGAAACCGGUUGUGAUACAUAUAUCUUGGAUACCAAGCUGAAUGAAAACGAACAAUUGAAGGAACGAACUUUUCACGCAUCAGAUGUACCUAUACGAAUCGAAUAUGUAACGUUACAGCAAUCGUUAUAUUGGUCAUUGUUCCUGGUUGUAAUCAGUAAUCCAAAUUUGAUCUUGAAUUUAAUCAAUAUUAAACUACGAAACGGCGCAAUUGACUCGCCCUAAAACGAAGGUGUUGUCAAUUAAAUUGAACAUAAGAAAAACGUGUAUCAGACUUCGGUAUAGACAUCCGGAUCCAGGUCAGCUUCAGUAUAAAAUAAAAACUAAAAAAGCGGGUAAGUGGAUGUCACUCUGCUGUACAGUAGGUUGCAAUUGAAAUAUUACAAUGAUGAAAAAAACAAAAUGUAUAAUUUCACUUGGAUUAAUUCUGAUGACAAUAUUAUUAAAAAGAGUGCAAAGUAAUAAGCUUGUGAUUGACACGGAUGGUGGUGCUGAUGAUGCAAUGGCAAUUUUGCUUACAUUAUCGGUGUUUGCCAACAACAACACGAAUUUCGAUAUUGUGGCAAUAACUUGCACCUAUGGUAACACCAAUUUGAGCAACGUCGAAAAAAAUGUGCUCAAGACACUGACAAUCGCAAAUGAAUCAAAAAUUCCAGUUUACUCUGGUGCAUUCAAACCUCUGACCGGAAAUCAUACAUCGGAUAUUUUUUUUGGUAAUGAUGGAUUUGGUGAUUUUAAAUUCAAUCGAGAAAUCAUUGGUAAUAUUGAUAGAUCAAAGCAUGCAGCAGUUGCAUUAGUUGGUUUAGCUAAUAAAUAUCCUGGUGAAUUGAGUAUACUUAUACUUGGACCAACAACAAAUGUCGCACUUGCAAUAUCAUUGGAUCCAAAAUUUGUUUAUAAAGUCAAGCGAUUUUAUGUCAUUGGUGGUAGUGUUAAUGGUAUUGGGAAUAGAAGUCCAGGUGUUGAAUUUAAUUUUGGAGCGGAUCCAGAGAGUAAUUUUAUACUUUUUAAUUCAACUCGAAGUGAAGUUAGUUUAUUACUACCCUGGGAGACAAUUGUAUCAACUAAUAUAUCAUCGUCAUGGAGAAAAAAUGUACUUGGUCGUGUAGAUUCAACAUUUAUAAGGUUUUUAAAUAAAGCAGAAUCAAAAAUAAAAGAAUCACCAAAUUGGGAACCUAGUGACUCUUUAAUUGCAGCUGCGAUGUUGUGUCCAAAACUGAUUCAAAAAUCGGUUGUUUUAAAUAUGACACCAGUUAUAGAUGGUCAAGCACGUGGCGGAACACUGGUUGAUUAUAUACAACAAACUCAUAAACCAAAUAAUGUAGAAAUUAUCCAAGAGAUUGAUGUUGAAGAGUUUCAAAAAAUUCUAUUAGCAUAUUUAUCAUAAAUUUAAAAUUUAAAAAUUACUAUAUUAUAAUUUUUGAUAAGCCUGCAGAAUUAUCAAAUAUGGAUCAACUGAAAUACCAAAAAAAUAUUAAUUUAAGUAACUUUGAAUAUUUAUAAUUAAAAUUGAAAUGUGUCUAUACAAAUAAGGAACUAACGUGGCGGUAUAUUUUAAUUGCAAUAAACUAUUACAAGUUAUUA